GAAAGUGUUUGAUGCCGAAAUCGAGGCUGGGGCAGUGACGACACAUUCCUUUCUGAUCACCUGACCCGUCGAAGAGAGGAUCACGUGACUCCUGCUCCAUCUCGGCCAUUUUGCGCGCAGUGUGAAAGCCGUCUGAUUUACUGCAUAGGGAAAGGAUCAAAGUCUUUAAUUUACGGAGGCCAAAGAGCAGCAAGAAUUACUUUACUGGACCAGUAUGGAGGAGGGCAGCAGUAUUUCAGUGCUGGUGCCACACAGCAGGGGGCAAGAAACAGUUCUAAUACCUGACAGGGUUGUGGGCUCCCGGUUGCAGGACAACGAUGGCAUACAAAAACAGAAAGCUACUGACUCUCUUAUCCAGGUCAUAGAAAAACUGAGCAAGAUAGUGGAAAACAAAAGGAAGAGGAGAUGUACCCUAGCGGGCAAGAAACGCCCUCACCUGUAUCAAUCUGUGGUUAUCGAGACCAAAGAGAACUGCGAAAUCCCUGCAAAAAUGGCAAAAGAUUCGGAUACACUUAAGCGAAAUGCACCAUCUGUUGUGCAGGAGGAAUACUAUUUAUCAGAGGACCCACAGGACACCUGUAGCAGGACAGUCACUUGCUACCAGUGCAGCCUCUGCAAAUUCAUUUCCCCAACCCUGCCUCUGUUGAAGGAGCACAUAAGACUACAUGACCGGCAAAAUGAGGUCAUAUUGAUGUGCUCCGAAUGCUGCUUCAUGUCCAAACGGCAAGAGGAACUGGAAGCCCAUGUCAAGAUUCACUUAGAUACUGAGGAGAUGCACACAAGUGUAGUGCAACAUCAUGGGCUUCAGAAUCUGAAUCUCUUAGCGGCAGCCGGGAAAGGUUUCGCAUACGCAGGGGGCCUCGGAGGCUUGCAGAUUAACAUGGAAGAUGAAGAGGUCAAAGGAAAUCUGGAGAGUUCAGUGGGAGACCAUGUGAAAAAAAAAUGGUACACAUAUGAGCAGUAUGGCAUGUACAAAUGCUUGAUCUGUAGCUACACCUGCGGUCAGCAGAGAAUGUUGAAGACGCACGCAUGGAAGCAUGCCGGUGAAGUCGAUUGCUCCUACCCUAUAUUCGAAGACGAAUCUGAGCCUGCUAGUGUACCUGCAGAGCCACUGCCUCAGGCUGAUGAAGCUGUUGUUGUGCUGGCUCCAGUAAGCAAACCAGCAGACCUCAACAGCACUCCUCCGUUUCAACUACAGCUUUGUACCUCUUUUAGAGGCGACAGUGGAAAGCCCAUUCUUGGCCAGACUGUUCAAGAAACCUUGGAGGAAGUGUGUCUGCCGAAGGUCGCAAGCGCAACAUCCCAGGAGGAAGUAGUUGAGAAACAGGCCGUUUCCGAUUUGGAACAGGAUAACACCACCUCGGAUAGCCUUCUCUCUUCAGCGCAAAAGAUAAUCAGCUGCAGCCCCAACAGAGUAGGUCAUGUCAAUGUCAUAGUGGAGCGACUUCCAGUAGCUGAAGAAGUAGGAGCCAGCAAGCAGUUCCUGAUGAGCCCCGACAUCGACAUCGACAUCGAGAAGAGGCUCAUCUCUGAUGAACCUGAGAUGACUUAUUACGAAGACAAUCCAGAGGUUUAUAAUGCCAGCAAAGGUACUGUUGCUGCCGAAGAGGUGAUCAUAGAUUGUUGCACCAAUGAGAAAAAGUGCGAGAGCGAGGAGGCUAAAGAAUUGACAGCGUCUGAUGAAAACGCCCCCCCAGUCCGGAGAAGGACACAUUCAGAGUCGCUGAGGUUGCACUCCUUGGCUGCCGAAGUCCUUGUUGCUAUGCCCACAAGAACUCCGGUGGCCAGUAUUAAAAGCAUUGUUGAGUUGAGCACACAAAGCCCUGAUACUGGUCAAAGGUACAUCGAUAUAACCAAUUCAGUCCAACACAAAGUAAUAUCUGCUAUUCAUAACACCUCAGAGGAUUUUGCCGAUUUGAAACGGGCCAGCACUGCACCGGUCGACUUGGAAUUGCAGAAUGCCAAGCCUGGGCUGUCGGAGGUGCCGGUCAGAAUGGGAAUCAGCAUGUCACUGCUCACGGUGAUUGAGAAGCUGAGAGAACGGACUGAUCAAAACACCUCAGAUGAAGAUAUUUUGAAGGAACUGCAGGAUAAUGCGCAGUGCCAACCGAGCAGUGACGCGAGUUUGUCUGGGGGCAACCUGGUGGAGUAUAUUCCGGAAAGUGAUCGGCCAUACCGGUGCCGUCUGUGCCUCUACACCAGUGGCAACAAGGGCUACAUCAAACAGCAUCUGAGGGUACAUAAACAGAGGCAGCCUUACCAGUGUCCCAUCUGUGAACACCUUGCAGAGGACAGCAAGGAUCUCGAGAACCACAUGGUCAAUCACUGCAAGACCAGGAUGUACCAUUGCAAGCAGUGUGAAGAAACCUUUUAUUACAAGAGCCAACUGAGGAAUCACGAACGAGAACAACAUGGGCUGCCUGAUACUUUGCCUGUGCUGUCGUCUGUUAAUGAGAGCACUGUGUCUGUUGCUGAAGAUAAAUACACAGAAGAAGAUCUGGCCUCUACCCAGAAAGUCUAUAAGUGUGAUGUCUGUGAUUACACAAGCUUGACAUACAUUGGUGUUCGGAACCACAGGAGAAUCCACAACUCUGAUAAGCCAUACAGGUGCAGCAGCUGUGACUUCGCCACAACAAACAUGAACAGUCUAAAAAGCCAUAUGAGACGCCAUCCACAGGAGCAUCAAGCAGUACAGCUCAUGGAACAGUACCAAUGCUCGCUCUGUGGAUAUGUAUGUAGCCACCCCCCUUCUUUGAAGUCUCAUAUGUGGAAGCACGCUGGUGACCAAAAUUAUAACUAUGAGCAAGUAAACAAAGCUAUUAAUGAAGCAAUUUCACAAAGCAGCAGGUCUCCAUGCCCUGUACCAAAAAGGAGUGAACCCGUUGAGAGAGCGGUCUCUGGACUUGCAGAGAAGUCGACGCUGGGUCCUGAAAUGCCGUCCUUGGCUUCGGAGGAGGACACGGGAGUUACAGAACCAUCACAGAUAUCCAGCUCUACAACAGAAACCAGCUCAGAAAAAAGCGUGAGCCAGUCCCGGGCAGGAAUGGAGUACUGUGUCCUGCUUUUCUGCUGCUGUAUUUGUGGGUUUGAAUCGACCAACAAGGAGCACCUGAUGGAGCAUAUGAAGAAGCACGAGGGCGAGAUCAUUAACAUCAUUCUCAACAAGGAGCGAAGCUCCCAGGAGCCCCAGCGCAGCACGCAGUAGACCACGAUGCACUGCUUCAGCUUUAUACAGAAGCAGGCAGGUUUUUAUAAGGCCUUUUAGGUGUAUGUGUUUUGUUUGCAGAGCAUUUUAUAAUAUCAUAUUUUGUAUUUUGUUUUUACAGUGUAUUCAAAACUUGACAAGCUUACUGUUUGUCACAUCUGAAAAUGAUAUAAGAUUGACCUCUUUCCAUAGCUGUGCUGGCUAUCCUCUUAUUGUGUACUGUUUCUAGACUUCCACUCAACAAAGAGAGCAGUUCAGAUUUUGAAAAUGAGUACACUGAGGUUCUAGAUUUAAAAUUGAAAUUCAAACAUUCAAAAUGUUGAAGGUUAAACUGCAGUCUUUUAUAUUUGUAUAGUUUUGGUGUAAUUUAAAAAAAUAUAUACUUUUCUUCAUAAAACCAGCUUCUCAUUGUAAAAAAACAGCUAUGUUAAUAAGCAAUCAUAGUUUUUUAAAGUUGAUAAAGGCAGCUUUUCACAAGUGACUGUAACAUAGACUCUAGGCAACAUUGGGUUGUACUCCAGCUGUAAAUAUCUUAUACAAAAUAUGCUGAUUGUGUAUUUCAGUGAUUUAGUGUGUAAAUACCUUGGUAUUUAUUAUUUAUUUUCUAUUUAUGCAUGUAGUUUUCAGUUUUAUUGUAACAAAACAAUGUAACAAUGCACCUUUGCAUUGUCUUCAUGGUGCUUCAGCUGUCAAGACAUCAUGCCAGGGAUCCUUGACCUAAAGAUAUAUCUGUACACACACUGUAUCUAUACUGCAACAGUAGUAUUUUCUUUUAGAAUAGUUUUGUUUAAGUAUUUUAAUUCUUAAAUCAAAUCCAAAUAGACCGUUGCACAUUUGUUACAAGGCACAAAAAAGUUUCUGUUUUAUUGUAGUUGGCAAACUGCAAGUAAGUAAUGCUUUUAAAGUUGCAUUAAAUUGCACAUGUUUAGUAUAGAGAAUACAAAUUUAUAAACUUGAUUCCGUUAAGGAGUGGAAUACUCUUUUCAAGAAGUAUUUCAGUUCUAAAAAAAUAUAUGGACUUAAUUGCUUCUUCCAGUUUAUGUGAAGUCCACCAAGACAGGUCGCACUCUCGAAAAAUAGGACAGGACCACUGUGAUUUUGUAGUUUAUUCCAUUAAAAGCAAUUAUAUGUAAGGUGUCUUCAGAAUUAGCAUACAUCUCCACAGUAAGAAACAUUUUAUUAAAGGUACUAUUUUGUUUUUGGUGCCUCAAAGAACCUCUUGUCUACCUUAUGUGGAAUUUGAUUUGAACAUACUGCAAUUUACAGUGUUUGGACAUUUAAAUUACUUCACACUGAUUUAUAUACUGUAUCUAAAAAAAAAAAAAAAAAAAAAAAAAACAGCCAAAAAUACAUUAUUGGUGCUCUUAACUCACAUUUGCCUUGGCAAUACUGAUAUGUUUUGUUAGUGAUUUUUCUUUAAAGGGGGGGGGGGGGUGGUGGUGAGAGACCUUAUUUGGUUGUACAAUAUACUUUUCUGAAUCAGUUAGGUUGUUUGUUACUUUGCAGGUGUCAUGCUGUGGGAUUUAUAUGCACAAUGCUUGUUGUGCCUAAGUCUUUAAACAGCAACCUUGCUUGACCAUCUGAAAUAUUCUACUUGGUACUACCUUAUUCUUGUGUGUAGUAUGUGAUACAAUAUUAGUUUAUUAAGGGUGCUGAAUUGAACCGGCCACCAAGUUUAAAAGUCUGAUUCUUCCGUCAUGUAAAAUUGAGGGGGUGGAUAAAUAGAUAUUUUAGCAUUCUUCUUCCAAUAACCCAUGUAAAUUCAAAUCUGCCUUAAUAUUUAUUUUAGUGACCUAUUAAUUAAACCCAAUGUGUAGAUGGGUGUGAUUUAUAAAUGUUUUAAUCCCCUUUCAUUUCAGUCUAUUUUGAUCCUUCCAAGCUUUCACAUAAUGCACACUUUAAAUCCACUUUUCUCUAGCUACUGCAUACAAUCAUUGUUCUGUAAAAUAAAUAAAUAAAUAAA